AAAGCUGUCACAGCAAAUUUAUUCUGUCUGGGAAGUCCUUGAUGAAGGAAUUGUGCCCUCGGGUCUGGGCACCUCUGCCCCCGUGCCGGGCAAGCCCAGGCUCUCACCAUUAAAGUGGCACUAAAGUGGCAGAGACAGGGAAAUCUGCCCAAAUCCAGGCCCCAGGAUUGUGCAGGGCAGGAAUGAGGAUGGCCUUGGCACGGGGAGAGGGCAGGCAGCAGUGCAGGAGCUGUGGGGAAUUCUGUCAGGCUGGGAGUUCCAGCAGCCUGAGCCGGUUUGGAGGGGAGGGGAGAGGUUUCCCUGCUGCAUUUCCCGUGCCACACGUGUCCCCAUUCCCGGGGAGCAGCCUGGCUGUGAUUAUCCUGCAGACAGGAAUAGCUCCAGCCCACACACUGAGGGAGCAGCCUGGAAUGCCAGACCUGCUGCUGCUGCCCCACAAGGGGCUGGCCUGGUGAAAUCCUCCAUGCCUGGGUGCUGGGAGUACCCCAAAAAGUGCAGGUCUAGAGAAAUCCUCCAUGCCUGGGUGCUGGAAGUGCCCCACAAGGGGCUGGGCUGGUGAAAUUCUCCACACCUGGGUGCUGGCAGGAAGAAAACUACCCCAAAAAGUGCAGGUCUGGUGAAAUCCUCCAUGCCUAGGAGCUGGGAAUGCUCCACAAGGUGCUGGGUUGGUGAAAUCCUCCAUGCUUGGGUGCUGGAAGUGCCCCAAAAAGUGCAGGUCUGGUGAAAUCCUCCAUGCCUGGGUGCUGGAGGUGCCCCACAAGGUGCAGGUCUGGUGAAACUCUCCACGCCUGGGCGCUGGCAGGAAGGGAAGUGCUCUGCCACACAAACCUGGGCAAGGAGGAGACACUGCAGACAGGGGAUGGGGAGGCUGUGAGAGCCCCACAGAGGGGUGCUGCUGCCAGUGAAACCCCAAAUUCCUGGGGAGAACCCCCCAGGUUUUGCCUGUGGAGGGCUGGAGGUGCCCCUGUGGCAGCGCCGGAGCCUUGCCCAAAGCCGCCUCUGCCUGCCCAGGCCUGGUUAAUCAUUGCUGGUCAUUCCGGAGCUCUCUGCCUGAAUUCCUGGGGGGUUUUGUUUUCCUGCUGGAGUGCCAGGGCAUGGCUGCACGCCCUGUGCUGUCCCCUGCCCCUGGAGCUGCCUGGGAGAGCUGGCACGGGCACAGCCCUGCCCGGGGCACCGCUCUGCUCCUGGCUGUGCCAAGGCUCAGCCCGUGGCACUCACAGCAUUCCCUGGAGCCCCAUCCAAGGCACUGCCUGCCCUCUGGAGCUGCUGAGCAGAGCCACAGCCCCCUGGGAGCCCCUCUGCUCCGUGGGGCCACACAAGGGCUGGCAGCUGCUCCCCAGCCCCCCGAGCUGACAUUUCCUUCAUGCAUCUGUCCCAGAAGGGGACACGAGUCCCCUCUGCCAGUGCCAGCCUGCAGAGCUCAGCUCCAGGCUCUGUUGGGAUGAUUUUGGCUCCUGUCCUCUCCUGGAGCACAUCUGUGCUUGGCCUCUCUGCUCACACAGGUACAGCUGAGGGGAGGCUUUGGCUCACGAGGGCAAAGCUUGUUUGGUUUGGUUCUGUUCUGAACUCUGAGAACAGGAAAAGUGUCUGGAACCCUCAGUCAGCCAGCUGCUCCCUGGGAAGGGGGGCAGCGCUCGGGGAGGGGGGCUGGCAGAGCAGCUGACCCCAGGAGAAGGGCUUGGUGCCAGCUGGGAUGGUGCCCUGCAGCCCGUGCCUCGGAGCUGGGCUGUGGAACGGAGCUGCAAAGCUCCAGGGAGAGCAGCUCCCACUCCUGGGGAUGCUGCUGGGACAGGAGGCUGAGCUGGGGUGGCUGUGGGGCGUGGUGGGGGUGUCCCAGGAGGAGGAAACACAUCCCACACCUUCCCUUUGGGCAUCUGAGCCAGGAACUCAGGAGGAAACACAUCCCACAUCUUCCCUUUGGGCAUCUGAGCCAGGAACUCAGGAGGAAACACAUCCCACACCUUCCCUUUGGACACCUGAGGCAGGAGCUCAGGAGGAAACACAUCCCACACCUUCCCUUUGGGUAUCUGAGCCAGGAACUCAGGAGGAAACACAUCCCACACCUUCCCUUUGGACACCUGAGCCAGGAGCUCAAAUGUCCCUUUGGACAUUUCCCCUGCAAGGGUCACUCAGGGCCUGUCCCGUUCCCUGGUACCUCAGGUGAGGUCUGGGCAGGGCAGAGGUUUGGGAUUUUCAGGGCUGAUGUGUCUCUCUGAUUUUAGGAAGUGUCCUUCGCCUUUCAAAAGGAAGAAGGAAAAGCAAGGAGCUGAUGUGAGGCACGAGGCUCAACAGCAGCAGCCUGGCAGGAAGGUCCCCACGUAUGAAGAUGUCCCAGAUGUCCCCAUCUACGCCACGGUGAGCAAGGCCAGGGCCGUGCAGCAGGAUGAGAACAUCCACUACGCCGACAUCCAGGUGUUCUCCAAGGCGCGGGAGCGCUCGGCGGCCGAGGUGAAGAACCUGCAGCUGCAGAACGCCACCGAGUACGCCACCCUCAACUUCCCCAGGGCCCGCCUCAAGUACGACAGCAAAAACGGGACCUUGGUCUAACAGAAUCGGUGGCCUCGUCCUCCUCCUUCAGCAGGAACAGCAGCUCAGGGCUGUAGGUGCAGGAGACCUCGAGGAGAUUUUGGAGAGGUGUGUCUCCGUGUCUCCCGCCUCAGACGUUCUCAAUGGGGAGUUUCCCGGCUGAUCCUGCUGGCAAAAAGUGCCUCCAUCCCUCGGGAGAGCUGCCCCUGGAGCUGCCAGCCCAGCUCCUGCCAGCCCUGCCAGGGGGCAAAGCUGCUGCGGGGCUGGCCAAGGCUCAGGGAGUGCUGCCUUUGGGAAUUCGGGAAUUCAGGAGUGCUGCCUUUGGGAAUUCAGGAGUGCUGCCUUUGGGAAUUCAGGAAUUCAGCAGUGCUGCCUUUGGGAAUUCAGGAGUGCUGCCUUUGGGAAUUCAGGAAUUCAGGAGUGCUGCCUUUGGGAAUUCAGCAGUGCUGCCUUUGGGAAUUCAGGAAUUCAGGAGUGCUGCCUUUGGGAAUUCGGGAAUUCAGGACUAAAGGCAGUUUUGGUGUCAGUGUUAAAGCUCUGCGUGUGCAGAGUGACGCGUGGGUGGUGCUGUGAGGAGAGGAGACCUUCAGCAGGAUCUGCUGCUCUGUCUCCUUCCCACAGCUGCUCCUGGAGGUGCAGCCAGGCCCUGGGUGCAUCCCCUUGCCCCAAAAUCAGCGUUCUACAGCCAUGCACAGCAGCUGGCAGCCAGAAAUGCAGAAUUGGGAGGGUACAGAACAAUUUCUGUCGCUGAUGGGCUGUUCAGAGGUGCAUCCUCACUCCUCUGUGCAAACAAGCGAGGAGUGAGCUCCUGGCUCUGGCUGGAAGUGAAACAAGGGAAUAUUGGCAAUUUGGCUGCAGAUCACUGCCUGUAUUUAGGGCAGUUCUCCAAAUCCAGGACUUUGGACUUUGCCUCCACUUUUCCCUCCUUUUGUGCUGUUAUAAACCCCAGUGACACAGAGCACACCCCACGUGGGGCUAUCAGCUCCACCUCUGAGAACCCAUUUCUGGAUUUGAAAUCGUGUCAAUAAUUCAUGUAGCAAUGGUCCAAACUGGGCAGUACUGGCAGCAGGGCUCCCCAAACCCCAUCUGCAGGCACCAAAGCAAGGCCUGGCACAUUCUGCUCCUCUUGGCCAUAUAGAAAUGGUUCCUUUUAGAAACACACAGAACUUUGCAUUUUCUAGCUCGGCUGGGUGGGAAGAACACAGAGGAAUUCCUGCUCGUGGUGAAAAAUAGAGCUGCUCCAGGUUAUGUUUGCCAAGGUGGGAGUGUUUGAGGACUAAUCUUCCCAUUUUUUCUACAUGUUUUAAUGAGUGCCUGAGCCCCUGGAAUGGUUCUUUAUCUCCCAUUCCCCGAGGAGCUCUGGCUUCCACAGCAGCCUCGGGGCUGUUUCUGGAAGUACAGCUCAUCCUAGAGCCAAUUCCACGCUCCCAUCCCAGUGAUUUUUCCAGGCUUUCCGUGGGGAAUUGUGGAAUCCACGUGUUCUGCAACAGAGAUUUCCCCGAAGGACUGGGUUUUGCACUGAAUAUUAAAACCUGUACUUCCCGCGGUUGCCACGUGUGCCAAACGAGUGUUGAUGGAUCAUUAAAGACGCAAUAUUUAA